AUGCGUCUCGCCCUCGUCCUCGCAUCCCUCGUCGCCGCCGCUUUCGGCCAGUCCAUCGAAAUUGGUGCGCCAUCCCCGGGCACGACAGUCAGCGCCGGCUCCAAUAUCACCAUCUCCGUCUUUAAACCCAAUUCCCUCACCGGCUCGACGGAAGUCGGCCUGGUCCUCGCGCUCAAUCCCUGCCGGAACAAUACCUGCUACGCGCCCACCGAAGUCCUGGGUAACGUGCUCUACUCGGGCGCCUGGCAGCCGGACUACAGCCAGCCCGCGGGCGCGCUGCCGCCGCACCAGAACUUCACCGUGCAGGUCCCCGAGGGGUUAGAAAGCGGACCAGCAGUGCUUAGUGCGAGCCAUAUGGUGUUGAUUGGGGCUGGUCCGGCGCCGGAUAUGGAGUGCGUCAACAUUACGGUCAAUGUUGCCUGA